AUUGUUUUCAAUUAAUUUGUUCUUUAGAAUACAAGCCUCAGCUAUGAAUGGAAAACAGCUUCUGUUUCUGGCAGAAAGUGUCUCUGAGAUGCUGAAAAACCUCCAUUCUAUCUGUUAUUGGUAAUUUUUGUAUUGGUUAUUUCUGUCGAUAUAAUUAACAAACAUAUUUGUGUGUCUUAGAUUCUGAUCUCCUUUUGGUGUGGUUCCUUUUUUGUUUUUCCUUUUGGAGGAUUUUUAAGAGCUUCAAGGUAGAGGAAGCAAGAGGAGAGAUGGGAUCCUUUCAAUGUUUUUACAUUUUUGUAUGCUUUUCCUUCUUUGGUUUUCUUUAUUUGAUUUUUUAUUUUCUUUCUGUUGUUUUUGGAAUAAAGUUUUUAAUGAGAGGUGGGAUCAAUUUUUUAAUUUUUGUAUGGUUUUGAUUUUGGCUAUGUAUGGAAACUUGGAAUAAACUCUUGGUUGUUCCACCUAUGUUGAAACACGAGUACUUUUACUUAGCCUUGAUCCAAUGUGAGACAAAGGUUGAAAAACUUCUCUACCUUGAGGUUAAUUUCACAUGUUGAUCUUUCUAAAUACAUUGUUCUUAUGUUGCACUUUAAUACGUUAAGUGGUGGCUAUUACAAGGAAGCAAUGUGGUUUUUUUAGUUGCUUAUCCAUAAAACCCUGGAAGUCACUUCGUACACUUGAAAAUGAACUCAUAGAAUGACAAAACUCAGAUUUAGAGAUCCUAAAUUACAUAUUUUUAAUUAGCUUUAAUUCCAUUGGUACAAAACGUGAAUAAUGAUAAAAAAAUAUACAAAUUUAAAGGAUAAGCAAAUGUGAGAUUUAGCUUUGGAUGUGUAGAGAUCAGGUCUGGUCUUUUGGAAAUGAUUAAUGAAAGAUCACAUUCGAACUGUUUCUUACUUUUUCUGUCAAAUCUAAUUUUGUAGGUUGUUAGGCUUUUUUCACUGUUGAGUUUGAGACAGAGUUUUGGAGUUUUGGGUCCUUAUGAGUUAUGACAUUGAAGGACAUUUUAUGUUAUGAUAUUUAAGGGUUAUCUCUACCUUACGAAAAUUUCUGCCUUUACAUAUGGGCUGUUUUAUGUCUAUUGUAUUGCAUUGAUAGUUUGCGAUAGUAUCAUUACGGACGUGUUUAAUCUUCUUUCAUUUUGCUUAGGUGAAGCUAAUAUACCUUGGAAUUUCCAGAUCUAGAUAGCAUUUUUGGGUUUCUUUUAAUUUAUUUUAUUAUCAAAAGGGUUUUCUGAAAAGUGUUUGUCAUGUGCUUCCUUUUUUGGCUAGAAUUUAUUGUGUGCUUCCUUGAAUCCCAUAUUUUGCAUUUGGUUUGUUUUUAAUUUAUUUUAGAUUUCCAUUCGAAUUCUACUAUUUGGAUAGUUUAUUGAUUUGAUUUGAUUCCGUUUUGAAUUACAGUCUAGAGUGUUGUUUUGGAUAAAAAAAUGGUGGUUUCUACCCUGAUCACACCUAGACAGGUACUAUUUAAUUACGAGUUUAGAGUGUAAUUCUGUUUUUCUGUAAUGCUGACUUGAUGCUUAAUGAGUUGUCUAGUGGAUUCAUUUUAGUAGUUUUGAGUGCUUAGAGUAUUCAUUUAUAUUUUGUUUUGAGAUUUUAAGUUUAAUUAAUAUAGUUAUGUUGUUCUAUAUUUAUUCAGCAUUUUUCCCUCUUAUUUGAAUAAAUUUCUGCUUUAUUCCUUUUUAGUUGAAGAAAUUUUGCCAAAACAUUUAUGUUGCAGCUAUAUUACUUGGAAUUUACUCUUAGUAUUUAUGAUUCGGCUCUUCUGUUAACUCUGUACUGUAGACUUCUAUUGUUCUACUCUCAACAUGGCUGCAAGUCAAUAUGUCAAAAUAUGUAAUCAAAUAGAAUAUAUUAU